AUGUCCCAUUCCGAAAAAGUCAGCCAUAGUCCUCGUGGACGAGGAGCCCUCCACGGUGACCGCAGCGACAAGGGCUCAUCGCCCCUCGGCACAGCCAUCUUCGCAGCCCUACGCAUUUUAGAUCCAGUCUUGCAGUAUGGUAUCCUGUUGCCCGGCCCUACCUCUCUCGCAGGUCCCAUCCUCGGCUUAUUCGGCGGCACUCCAUUGCCUCCCGAGUCUGCGCCCGUGGCGCUGGGCCUCUCACCAUGGCGACUGACUCUGUUGGGCAUGUCGCUCCUCGGGAGUCUAAAGGGUAUUUUCUACCUUUUCUACGUAUCCGAAACAAAAAUGCCAGUGAAAACGGCCCUGUUGGUGGGUAUAUUCAAGGCAUUCUCCACAACGGUCAACUCGCUCAUGUUUUGUGCUGCGGCAACCUCGGCGACGAGCUCAUACAUUCCCGACUUCGCCACCGGCUGGCAUCCUAUUCUUUCUAUUGCCUGUGCUAUUUUCACAGUUGGUAUUACUGUGGAGACUGUGUCUGAGCUUCAGCGCAGAUCUUUCAAGAAGCAUCCUAGCGGACGUGGGGUCGGAAAGGUGUACACUGGGGGAUUGUUCCGAGUUGCGCGUCAUAUCAACUAUGGUGGGUAUACUAUCUGGAAAGCUGCGGCUGGCCUUGCUGCGUCAGGAUGGGGCUGGGGUGGGUUGACUCUGCUAUGGUUGUUGGCUGAGUUCCGCAGAAGAGGUAUUCCUGCCUUGGAUGCUUACUGUGAGAAAAGGUAUGGAGAGCAGUGGGACCAGUUCAAGCGAAGAACCCGAUGGAAAAUGAUUCCAUUUUUGUAUUAG